CAAGGCUACAUUGUGAAGAAGUAAAUAGAAGUUUUCGAAUUGAUUCUUCGCUAACUACCGUCUUACUUACUUGAUUUGUACACAUCUUAUCUGGACCUCUGGUAAAAUAGCAACUGCAUUGCAGAUACAAAUAGCUCAUGGAGAAGGCAUCAAGGGCAAUACGAAGGAGUGGUGCCAAGUUGAAGGCUCUAGGAUCUAGUCAUGGUACAUUGAAUGUACUUCUUGCUGACAUAAAAGAAGUCAAGAAUGGCUCCAAGAUGUUCAUGGAGGCUCAGUGUCAGGCUGCUCAGGACAUGAUGAAAUGGGCUGCUACGGAGGAAAACAGAGCUGUGCAGGAUGUCAUCUCCAACAUUGCUGAGCUGUACAUAGUUUGGACCGAUGUGCAGAAAAACUUUAUAAGUUACCUGAAGGACUAUAGGGACGUCUUUGAGAUGGUUCUUGAGGGAGAAAAAAAAGUGGAGCGGGCAAAGGAAAACUUGGAUUACUGUUCAGAGAAAGAAAGCAAAUUUAGACUAGAGCUUAAAAAGUGUGGCAAAAGGGCGCUGCCACGUGAGUUGAGACAGCUGGAAUCCCGUGUGGAGUACGCAGUGCAGGCCAAGGAAAUGGCUCAGCUAGAGUUGAUCGAUAGUGAGAAAGAGAAUGAGGCUGUGAAACUGAUCCGUCUGAAGGAAGGUCUGCUGAAGAUGGCAGGAGCCUAUGUUGAGAUGGGACACAAGGCUGGGCUAAUCUUCAGUGCACAGAGGAAUGUGAUCAUCCAGCUACCAGAUGUCCAUGGUCAGGAGCUGGAGGCCAUUCCAUACUCAGGUGCAGCUACAACCCGUCACAUAGUUGACACAGUAAAAGACAAGAUAAAAUCAUACACACCUUCAAAUGUGGCGUCAGACCCGCCCCCUCCCUACACCGUUGCCGUUCCAGCCCAGAACACAGUGGGCCUGAUCAACUCUUCACGGUCCUCCAUUGACCGCCCAGACAUGUCCGCACCUCAAAGACCCGCCCUGCCAAUGGCAAAGGGGCGCCACAGUUGCCCUGAACAGAUAACAUCCAUCCGGGGGUAUAGCAGACCUGGCAGCAGCAACAGUGGGUCAAGGUCAGGAAGUGCUGCUUCUGACCUUGACCUUCCCUCUUAUAAUUCUGUGAACAAUUCGAUGCGGUUGAUCAGUUCUAGUAGUGAGGUUUUCAUUCGACGGGGAUCCAAUGGAAGCUUGCCUAGUGAUGACUCUUCUGCCAUGGCAACCCGAGAAAGGGCAGCGUCGGACGCCAUUGUGCACACUAGCACUGUUCACAUUGUGCAGGAGGCUGGUUCUGGUGCAGGGAAUGAAAGAAUUUUGCGGCAGGUUAACAAAGGUCGAGAGGAGACAGAGCAUUCCAGUGGAAACACUGUCACCCAUAAGUUAUACCCUGAUAUUAAAAUGGAUGAAAACACAUCACCGGUACCAUAUCCACGUAAACGAGAUCUUAAUGGUGAUGGCAGUUAGAGGCUUAUUGCAUGUAUGUUAAAUGAUGUCCCAGAUUUAACUAUGCAGUCUGCACAGGCUAAUCAAGGCUGACACAUCUGCAUCGACUGUAUUUUGUUAAGAAAAAACUUCCUUUAACCCUUUGCAUGCUGGGAAAUUUGUCGUCUGCUAAAAUGUUGUCUGCUAAAUUUCUAAAAUUAGCAUUUUCUUCGAUUUUUUUCAAAGAAUACUAUCAGAAUAGCAAACAGUUUGGAUCCUGAUGAGACGCCACGUUCUGUGGCGUCUCAUCUGGAUCCAAACUGUUUGCACAGGCCUUCAAAAUUCGGUUCCCGCACUGAAAGAGUUAAAUAGAAAAUUACAUGAAAGCUCAAAGUGUCCUCCCUGAUUAGCCUGUUCAACUCUGGGAUGACACUCUACACACUUGCAUUAAGCCCAGAUUUGCCCAGAAUGAGGCAUAACGUAUCCUCUGGCAAAACGGAUUGGAGCCAGUGUUCAACAAACCACAAAACGGAUUGGAGCCAGUGUUCAACAAACCACAAAACGGAUUGGAGCCAGUGUUCAACAAACCAGUCCACAGUGCUCAGUGGAACAUACAUGAUGUGGGCAUUGUUACAUGUAAAUGGAACGCCUUGUUUAGAUCCUGUGUUUCAGCAUUUACAAAAACAAAUUUUUAUGAUGAAUAUACGGUAUAUUACUUUCUUAUUAUUGCAAGCACAUGCUUCUGACAUCAGGAAAUAUUCUUCAUACUUAUUGCGCUAUUGAUGGUAUAUUUUCUUGAGAUAGUACCUGUAGGAACUAUUUUAUGUUAAUAUUUGCUUCAUAUUCAUGUAUUUUAGACUGUGAUUUAUAUUUAUUAUUGUGCAUAUGUACUUUUCUUAUUUAUUUGUGAAAAUUUGUCUUUUUGCCUAACAUUUAUAAAUAACUUAUGUGGAAACGUAAUAGUGCCCCCCAUCUCUUGGCUUCCAGGGGCUAAGAGAACGAUAAAUAAAUGACCAUUCACUUAAAAAAUCUUACUAAUUAUUCAAUAUACAAGUUAAUUGGAAAGAACGUAAUUGAAGAGCCUUUGUUAUUACAAUUCAAUAUAUCUAACUGUUAAACUAAAAUAGACAGCUUAUUUUGAUUGACUAAUUCUGUCCUUUAAGUUUUAAAUGUAAAAUUCAUAUUAUGAAAUUAGUUUUACAUCUGAUGCUUAAAAUGAGGAUCUAUAUGUUUCGUUUAAAUUAUGGAUUGUAGGGUUGAAAUUUAGGAAGAAAUAACCAGUUUUAUUUGAAAACAACAUGCGUUUAUGAAUGGUUGUUGUUAUUUGUAAAAUCUUAGGCUGCAUUUGAUUUAACAGAUUUAACAAAUACCGUAAUACUUACCAAAGCAAUUACACUGUACCAACAUUUUUUCUGUUCUACGGGCAAUCAAAACAAUACAUGGAAAACAACAUCUAUACUCUAUAGAUUAAAAAAUACUGCAGUUCAAUGAAAGUUUGCUCUCAAUAAGUCCUUAUUGAAUAUCAGGCAUGAAGCUUGCUUUAUAAAAGUUUCCUCAAAUUAGCACAUAUCGCCAAAUUGGUACAAAAAGGUACCUUCUAAUUUCAAUGUAACAUGAUACCUUUUUGCACCAAUUUGGUGAUAUAUGUGUUGGCUUAUAUUCUAAUAGAUCACGUUGAGGUACAUAUUUUAGCAUUUAUACUGUACUGAAAGAAUAUAGCAGCAGCCCAUGCUCUUGGAACCUUUCUAAACCAAAUAAAACACAACACAUGUGUUAAACGUCUCUUGCAAAUGACGAGAUAAGUAGGUGUAGCAGGGAGUUCUGGAUGUUGGAGCCUGCAGUAUUCUAUCUCUAGAUCACUGAUCCCAUACUUUUGGAGUAAUGAUUAGGUAAAGACAUUUAUUCUGCUUAUUCAAGCAUUUAUUGUUAUUUUUUUCUAUUUGAAAAGCAGCAAAUAGUUUAUUUGUAAGUGUUCACUGGAUUGUUGUUCCUGUGUAAUUUUAAAAUUUACAUCAUUUUAUGUACAUUAUGUAGUGAAUACACUAUUUAUGAUACACAUAGUUGUUUAUAAAUGAGGCAAACAUGUUUCAACCAAAUCAUGUGUUCAAACUAAAAUUGUUUUUAUAUGUUAAUUUAUUUAUUCAAACAAAAGUUCUGUACUCAUAAAAAAAAUGGUGCUCAAUAUUUUGUAAUUAUAUAUUUUUGUAUCAGAUUUAGAGUAAAAUGGGAUUGAUUUUAAAUAAUCAUAUAUCAAUGACUUAUAAAAGUGUAGAAGGGCUUUUUGUGGCAAUAAUUUGUAUUUUGAAACAUUGAGCAGCAAUUUUUAUGUAAAUCUCUGUGGCCAUCCUAAGAUCUAAAACAUUCCAAAAAUGAGUGUAAGAAAUGUUAUCUGGUUGAAAAUAUACACAAAUGAACCUCACUCUGGGUAAAUUGUACUUAACCCUCUGCAUGCUGGGAAAUUUGUCGUCUGCUAAAAUGUUGUCUGCUGAAUUUCUAAAGUUAGCAUUUUCUUCGAUUUUUUUCAAAGAAUAUUAUCAGAAUAGCAAACAGUUUGGAAUCUGAUGAGACACCACGUUCUGUGGCGUCUGAUCUGGAUCCAAACUGUUUGCAAAGGCCAUCAUAAUUCGGUUCCCGCACUGAAAGGGUUAAUGCAUAUUUGUAGUGUUGUCCCAGAUUAGCCUGUGCAGUCUGCACCUGCUAAUCAGGGUAAACACUUUCUGCUUCGACUGGAUUUUCUUAUGAAAGGGAAUUAUUUGAAACUAAACAUUCCACAAAAGAGGAAAGUGUUGUCUUUUAUUAGCCUGUGCAGACUGCACAUGCUGAUCUGGCACAACUCUUAAAGCCCAUGCAUUAAGCCCGAUUUUCAUGAAGCACAGCUCAUGUGAUGAUAGGAAGUGUAGUUAAUGGUCAGUAUACAUGUAUAUCAUUUUACAUUUAUUUUAUUCAAUACUAGUCAUGACUGUAAGAUAUCUAGUGUUGUAUAUGUGUCUUCUGGCUUAGUUCUGUACUUAACUUUAUUUUAACAGGUAGAGCCUCCUCUAUCAUCAUAGUUUUACAUUAUCACAAAAAAUAAUAUAAUUGUAAAAAUGCAUUAAAUGUUGUUGUUAUUUUGAAGCAUGUUUAUUGUGUACUUAUAAUUGCCUAAUUGUUUUUUGACAAUGAGCUGUAAUGCUUAAUCCGCAUGUAAAAUAUCUGUUCUGUAUGGUAUAAUGUUAAAUUAAGACUGGGUAUAUGGUGCAUAGGGUAGUCUAGAAUGGACUUUACUAGCAUGACAUGCCAUUGUUAGAUUGUGUUAAUUGUUUGCUACUCCCUCAAACAUUAAACAUCUACCAUCUAUGCCACUAUUCUCCUUAAUUGACAGUCUUCCAAUUGGGACACCAUUCUGGUUAAUUGAAAAGUUACUACCAGUGACACCAUUCUGGUAAUUUGAACAACUAAAAUCUCUGACACCAUUCUGGUCACUUUAACAUCUUCCAUAUAUGACAGCAUUCUUGGUUAAUUGAACAUCUACCACAUGCGACAGCAUUCUUGGUUAUUUGUAAAAUAAACACCAUCUGUGGCACCACUUUAGUAAAAUUGAACAUCUACUCUUUUUCGCACCAUUCAGCUUAAUUGAACAUCAACUAUCUGUGGCAUUAUUCUGGUUCAUUUGAACAUUACCAGCUGGGACACUAUACUGAUUAAAUUUAACAUAACCAUCUGUGUUUUUAAUUAAAUAUUACUACAUGAUACACAAUACAUGUACUAGUUAAUGUACAAUCUACCAUCUGUGGCACCAUUCUGGUUCAAUUGAACAUCUAUUGUGUGGAAUUAUUCUGGUUAAAUUGAACAUCUUCAAUCUGUGGCAUUAUUCUGGUUCCAUUGAACAUCUACCAUAUGUAGUGCCAUACUGAUUAAUUGAACAUCUACCAUCUGUGGCACCAUUCUGGUUCAAUGGAACAUCUACCAUCUGUGACACUAUUCUGGUUCAAUUGAACAUCUACCAUCUGUGACACCAUUCUGGUUCAAUUGAACAUCUACCAUCUGUGACACUAUUCUGGUUCAAUUGAACAUCUACCAUCUGUGACACUAUUCUGGUUCAAUUGAACAUCUACCAUCUGUGACACUAUUCUGGUUCAAUUGAACAUCUACAAUCUGCGGCACUAUUUGAGCUAAAUUGAACAUCUACCAUCUGUUUUAACACUCUGGUUUAAUGGAACAUCUACCAUCUGUGGCAUUAUUCUGGUUCAAUUGAACAUUUACCAUACAUGGCACCAUUCUGGUUUUAUAGAACAUUACCAUCUGUGGCAUUAUUCUGGCUAAAUUGAACAUCUACCAACUGUGGCGCUAUUCUGGUUUAAUUUAACAUCUACCAUCUAUGGCACCAUUCUGGUUCAAUUGAACAUCUACCAUCUGUGGCACCAUUCUGAUUAAUUGAAAAUCUACCAGCUGUGGCACCAUUCUGGUUCAAUGAAACAUCUACCAUCUGUGGCACCAUUCUGGUUCAAUUGAUUAUCUAUCAUCUGUGACUCUAUUCUUGUUCAAUUGAACAUCAACGAUCUUCUGCACCAUUCUGGCUAAACUGAACAUCUGCCAUCUGUGGCUCCAUUCUGGCAAAUUUAACAUCUACCUACUGUGGCACCAUUCUGGUUCAAUGGAACAUCUACCAACUGUGGCACCAUUCUGGUUCAAUUGAAUAUCUACCAUCUGUGGCACCAUUCUGGUUCAAUUUAACAUCUACCAUCUGUGACACUAUUCUGGUUCAAUUGAAUAUCUACCAUCUGUGUCACCAUUCUGGUUCAAUUUAACAUCUACGAUCUGCUGCACCAUAUUUGGCUAAAUUGAAUAUCUACCAACUGUUGCAAUAUUCUGGUUUAAUGGAGCAUCUACCAUCUGGGGCAUUAUUCUGGUUAAAUUUAAAAUUAACCAUACAUGGCACUAUUCUGGUUAUAUUGAACAUUACCAUGUGUGGCAUUAUUCUGGCUAAAUUGAACAUCUACCAUCUGUGGCACCAUUGUGGUUCAAUUGAACAUCUACCAUCUGUGGCACCAUUCUGGUUAAAUUAAAAACUGUGGCACCAUACUGAUUUAAUUGAACAUGCCUAUCUGUGGCAACAUUCUGUUUAAAUUAAAUAUUACCUACAGUGACACCAUUAUGGUUAAUUUUACAUCUACUAUCUGUGAAAACAUUUCUGGUUAAAUCGAACAUCUAUCAGUGGUUUAUUUGAACAUCUACCAUCUGUGAAACCAUUUUGGUUUAAUUGACUUCAUACCAUCUGUGACAUUAUUCUGGUUUUAUGAAACAUCCACCAUCCGUGGCAUUAUUCUGGUUAAAUUGAACAUCUACUGUAAGUGGCACCAUUGGGGUUAAAUGUAACAUCUACUAUAUGAGGCAUUAUUCUGUUUAAAUUGAACAUAUACCAUCUGUGGCACCAGUCUUGUUACAUUGAACAUCUACAAUUUGUGGCACCAUUCUGAUGUAAUGUAACAUCAACUGUCUGUGGCAAUUUUCUGGUUAAAUUGAACAUUGCAUACAUGGCACUAUUCUGGUUUAAAGGAACAUCUACCUUCUGUGGCAUUACUCUGGUUAGAUUGAACAUCUACCAUCUGUUACAACAUUCUGGUUAAAUUGAACUUCUCCCAUUUGUGAAAGUGUUGUUAUAGGUAACAUCUACUAUCUUUGACACCAAUCUGUCUAUCCAAUGAUAUACUAUUCAUUGAUAAACACAACCAUCAGUUGUUAUUUAUAGCUCAAAUACAAAAAGCGAUUAUUGCCAAACACAGUUCCUUUUUUAUAAAAACCAAACAAAACAGAACUGAUAUACUCGUAAAGAUCGGUGUAGAGAAUAACGUACAUAGAAAAAAGUCCCUCGGUUGCUUUUUACAACACCUGUUUAUAAUAAACGAUCUGUUCAUACCUAGUUAUUUUCUUUACGCGAGUUUUGUAUUACUUAUAUGUGCUGUCGAUAACUAAAAGUUUUGUAAUUGUUAACUAUAAAUGUACACAUUAAAUGCAUGUUUAUAAAACACA